AUGAGAAGUCAUACAAGUACAAACACAAGCAGUUUAUUGGCGGGGUUGGCCUUGUCGAUAUUCUUUUUGUCUCUGCAGUCCACGUUUCUGCAGCAUCAGAUACGAUGGCAUGUGGAUCAUGCCAUUGCCGAAACACAGGCAUCCCAGCAGCGUCUCUUUAGCCGUCAGCAACAGCAAUGGGAAGCAUUGUGGGACAAGAGACACCAACGGCAACUCCUCCAGCAACAGGCUAUUUCAGACAAGCUCUUGGAGCAAGUACAAGCUUCUCUGGAAAAGAUGCAGGCAUUGCAACAACACAACAAGGAUAACUCGGAGGUACAAACGGCUCUCACGGAACUACAAGACUCCAUCGAAGAAACAACUGAACGGCUGCUAAACAAGAAAAUACCAGGUGAAACACAAACUGCAAAGGCGUCACCUACUACUAGUGCAAGAUCAUCAUCCUCACUACUCCACCAGGUAGCACCGGCCUUUUUUCCAAUUGACUUUGUCACGGGAAAAAUCAUGUUUCCUCCCACUGUCACGACCAUUUUAAUUGAUGUGGGAGCCAAAGAACCGGCAUACUUUUUAGACAUGGUCACUCGCAUGAGAGAUCCCACUGUGGGACUCAUCAUGUUUGACCCACUCUACGAUGGCUACGUUCCCAUUGCCCGACGGGCCCUCGAUUACACGAUGCAACAUUCCGAUCCAUUGGCGGAUUACAUUGCAUCGCCCGACACUACCAAACGAGUGUUUGCCAUUCAAGCCGCCAUUGGCCCGACCGAAGGACAGGUCGAAUUCCAACUCUCCGAAAGUGCCUAUUGCGGAACCAUCAAACAAGGCAAGGUGUUUGAAGAUACGGCAACGGGUUGCAAAAAAGGAAUUGGCAGUGUCCGAGCCCAAGUAUUUACCCUCCAUGACGUAUUGGCGUUGAUACCACAAAAUAAUACAACAACAAUCCACAUCAAAAUUGAUGCCGAGGGAGUCGACAAUGACAUUUUGUUUGCAUCCGCCAAGGCAUUCAGCGCAAGAGUGGAAACGGUGGUGGUGGAAAAGAACACGGAUCCACGCGACAAGGCAGGGUUCUUGUGUCAACACGCCGGACUUUGCAACCAGGCAUCCAGUUGUUGCAACACCAUUUUCUGGCGGCACGACAAGUCGGCCUUGCCAUCCUUCCUGCGAGACAAGACUAUGCGAUUUCAAAAUUCGACCGUGGAGUUUCAAGAAUUGUUUCAGUUGGUGCAGUAA